GCCUCAAUACCUUGAUAUAUCAUUCACAGAUGCAAGGAGUAGAGCUUGUGGCUUUCGGUGCUCCAGUAACAUCCUUGGACUUCUGCUUUGACACGUUGCUAUUGGCUGUAGGAACUGACCAUGGUCUGGUAAGAAUUGAGAAGUAUCUGAUGAUUUUGAAAGAGUGGAACUUCAAGGACAAGAUGGAGAAGAUUAUGAGCUCCAAUAGUGGGCACAUUGCAUUAUACACCUUAACUUCCCAGGAUACCGCAAUCACUUCCUUCUCUCAUGAUAAGGUUCUUGCAGCUGCUGCAGAUGCUUCAUUUAAGAGCGAGAAAGCAGAGGAGCUUAGCAUAGAUGACAUUGUGAUAGAUGACCUCCCGCCUCCUCUGCCCCAACCAACGACAACCACCUCGAAACAUCCUAAGAAGGAGAAGAGA